AUGGUUGGACAUGGGACCCACACCCUCUCGACAGCAGGUGGCAACUUCGUCCGAAACGUCAGCGUUCUCAACAAAAAUGGAACAGCCAAGGGAGGAUCUCCCAGAGCUCGUCUCGCAGUGUACAAGAUCUGUUGGGGUCGUCACAGUGCAGAGGACUGCACUGAUGAAGAUCUGAUAUCUGCUUUUGACCAAGCCAUCGAUGACGGCGUCGAUAUUCUCUCCGUUUCCGUUGGUGGGAGUACUGUGCCAAAUGUGAAUGACAUGUUGACCAAUGGAAUCUCCAUAGGAUCCUUCCAUGCGGUUUCCAGGGGAAUCAUCGUUGUCGCCUCUGCCGGUUACGAGGGACCAGAACUUCAGACCAUGGCAAAUGUGGCACCGUGGAUCUUCACUGUUGCUUCUGGCUUCAUGGACAGGGACAGCAACAAUAUUACUCUUGGUAAUGGCCAGACCAUUAAGGGAACAAGUCUUGCCACAAACUCCACAUCUCAGAGAUUGAUUCCUGUGGUCAUUGCUGGCAAUGUCGGGCUUCCCAAUGCAACAUUUCAAGAUGCUCAGCUUUGCAAAAUCGGAACCCUUGAUCCUCGCAAAGUAAGGGGUCGCAUAUUAGUAUGCCAAAGAGGAAGGAGCCUGAGGCCUGUGGAGAAGGGUCAAGAAGCAAAGCGUGUAGGUGCAUUGCAAAUGAUUUUACAAAAUGAUAAGCAAUUGAACACACUUACAGCUGAUCCUCAGGUUGUUGGAGCUUCCAAUAUUCCUCAAGGUGGAGGUCAGAGUGAGAGUAAAAAUAUAAGGAACUCGUAUUUUGACAGAAACAAGUAA